AUGGCGGCUGGACUGAAGACCAUCAUCCUGCUGUCCUUCGUUCUGGCAGUAGGCUUUCUCUUGAUCAUCCUCUCAUGCGCGUUGUGGUCCAAUUGGCUGCCGUUGCUAGUCGCUCUUCUAUACGUUCUCGCGCCAUUGCCGAACAGCAUCUGUGCAAGAUGCGCUGGAGCGGAUGACUUCUCGGCAGAUUACAACAGCUCUUUCCUCGACUUUGGCAAUUGGCUGACAUCAACAAUGGUCGUGUCUGGCUUUGCCCUGCCGAUUACGUUGGCACAUGCUGGUGUGAUUCACUCUAUGGCAUGCAUCAUGGCAAUGGUGGGAGGCGCCCUCGUCUACGGUACAAUUCUGACCUACUCGGGCUUCUUCAGUGAGACGUCGGACGACUACUUCUGA